AUACAAUAGCACACCGACACCACAACAACGUGGCCGUUGGCAUCAACUUGUUUUCCAAUUGUUCAAACGUUCGUUCUUUCGCAAGCUCGUCCGACUCCAAAGAUAUCGAUAUACUGGUUUUAUAUCCUUUGCAACUUAAAUCAUAUCCUUCGAAUUCGUUUAUUCUCUCAUCUAUCAAAUAAUAACUCUGCACGCCCUGCACGAUUCAGUUUUACCCAGAACCCGUGUAUAUAUCCCUAACUUCUUCUGCUACUCGUCUAUAUAAUCAUCGCUGUUUUUCACUUCGACUGUGAUGACUCGAUUUGGCGAUUUCCAAACACUUUGCUCCCAGGUCCCGUCAUACACCUGGUGCAAUCUCUUUUAUCGCCAGUUACAAACAAAUGAUCCAACCGUCUUGACUGGUCUAUCUCAAUCCGCCGCCUCCGCCCCGGUCGGUGUCAAUCCAGAGUGUGGGAUACCAAAAGUGAAUACCAACGGCUCUCUGGGCAACAUCGCCAAUAUCAUCGCUUGCGGUCUCAGUUUCUUUGUUAUCGGCGCUUUGAUUUACUUCACUGGAAGGCGCAAAGCAGCAGUCGGCCGUAUAGAACUGCGGAUAUUCUUCGUCUUGUACCUCUUAACUCUUCCAUUCCAGUUGAUUACCUCCGGUUCCUUGCUUACCCAGGGCUCGACUGCCUUGGUUGCGCUUACUGCCAUCCAGGCUGGUCUCGUCGCUACAUUAUUCUGGGCAUUGCUCGCCAAUGCCAUUGUAGCAACGCAGAUCGUGGAAGAUGGCACCCUGAGCUCAAUAGUACCCUUCUCCGUACUUUCUGUAGCAUUCUUCAUCGCAACAACCUAUAUAUCCUUGGACGUCGGAUUUACCUUUACACAUGUGCUUGGAACAUCAAAUCCACCCCAAUCUAUCAACAGUAUACCACUUUUUGUCCUCACUAGUAUCUGGCCAGGAGUCGCUGCUUUAAUCUAUUUCGGACUUAUGAUGUACAUUGUCCUUGGGAUUCUGAACGAAAUCCGACCUGUGUGGUACUAUGUCAUCGCAGGCAUCCUCUUCGUGCUUAGCCAGCUCGACUACUUCUUACUGAGCAAAAUUAUAUGUCGAGUACGUAAUGCAUGAAGGAUGAUACGUCCGACACUGCUGAUCUGUCGGUACCUGCAGGGCUCAUCAAUGAAAGUUGACGGCUCGUUCAUCGCCACAAUACUGGAGACCGCAUGCGUAGUCACUCUCUACUUUGCAUGGCGAGGAAUCACAGAAGAGGACUGGGAUGACAAUGUCU